AACAUCGGAUUGUAGAGACAAAUCAAAGGAGCCCAGAUCGGACGUCAUGUCGGAUAAAAGUGAACUGAAGGCAGAGCUGGAGAGGAAGAAGCAGCGGCUGGCUCAGAUCCGAGAGGAGAAGAGGAAGAAAGAGGAGGAGAGGAAGAAAGAGGCGGAGCAGAAGAAGAAGGCUGUCCCGCUGCAGGAUGACUCUGAUCUGGAGAGGAAGAGGAGGGAGGCAGAGGAUCUGCUGAACAGCAUGGGCAUCACAGCCAGUGUCCCUGUGGUCCCACCCCCCACGUCUCCGACGGCUAAAUCAGCGGGCACGCCAAGUGAGACGAGCAGCCAGGACUCAGGUGACGGCACCGCAGGGCCCAGGACUCUUCACUGGGACUCAGACCCGUCCACUCUGCUGCUUCACUCUGAACUGCGGCGUGUGCCUGUGAAGCUGGGCAUGGCCAAGGUGACCCAUGUGGACUUCCCUCCCAGAGAGACUGUGUCUUACACCAAGGAGACCCAGACGCCCACCAUGACGGAGCAGAGAGAGGAGGAUGAAGAAGAGGAGGAGGUCGUUCCAGCACAGCCUGUGGUGGAGGUGGAGAGAGAAAAACCAGUCCAGGAGGAGCAAGAGGAAGCAGCUCCGCCCCAUGAGCUGACAGAGGAGGAGAAGCUCCAGAUUCUUCACUCUGAGGAGUUUAUGGAUUUCUUUGACCACAGCACUCGCAUCAUGGAGCGUGCUCUGUCUGAGCACGUGGACGUCUUCUUCGACUACAGCGGCCGGGAUCUGGAGGAGAAGGAGGGGGAGGUCCAGGCUGGGGCCAAGCUGUCUCUGAACAGGCAGUUUACUGACGAGCGCUGGUCAAAGCACCGUGUGGUUACCUGUCUGGACUGGUCUCCACAGUACCCUGAGCUGCUGGUGGCCUCUUACAACAACAACGAGCAUGCCCCCCACGAGCCUGACGGCGUGGCCCUGGUCUGGAACAUGAAAUAUAAGAAGACCACGCCGGAGUACGUCUUUCACUGUCAGUCUGCAGUGAUGUCAGCAGCGUUUGCCAAGUUCCACCCUAACCUGGUGGUGGGGGGUACGUACUCAGGGCAGAUCGUCCUGUGGGAUAACCGUAGCAAUAAGAGGACCCCCGUCCAGAGGACUCCCCUGUCAGCAGCAGCUCACACGCACCCAGUGUACUGUGUAAAUGUGGUGGGGACACAGAACGCCCACAACCUCAUCAGUAUUUCUACAGAUGGGAAGAUGUGCUCCUGGAGUCUGGACAUCCUGUCUCAGCCGCAGGACAGUCUGGAGCUUGUGUUUAAGCAGUCCAAGCCCGUGGCCGUCACCUCCAUGUCUUUCCCGUUAGGAGACGUCAAUAACUUUGUAGUGGGCAGUGAAGACGGCUCUGUUUACACGGCCUGUCGCCACGGAAGUAAAGCGGGAAUCAGUGAGAUGUUUGAGGGACACCACGGACCAAUCACAGGCAUCCACUGUCACACUGCCGCAGGGCCCGUUGACUUCUCUCACCUGUUCCUCAGUGCCUCUUUUGACUGGACUGUCAAACUCUGGAGCACCAAAAACAAUAAACCCCUGUAUUCCUUUGAGGAUAACUCUGACUAUGUGUAUGAUGUUAUGUGGUCUCCCACACACCCCGCUCUCUUUGCCUGUGUGGACGGAGUUGGACAUUUAGACCUGUGGAACCUCAACAGUGACACUGAGGUGCCCACGGCCAGCGUGGUGGUUGAUGGGUGCCCGGCGCUGAACCGCGUCAGAUGGUCGUCGUCCGGCAGGGAGAUCGCGGUCGGAGACUCUGACGGUGGAAUCCUGGUGUACGAGGUGGGAGAGCAAAUCGCUGUCCCUCGCAACGAUGAGUGGUCUCGCUUUGUCCGCACACUGGCAGAGAUCAACGAAAACCGUGACGACGCGGAGGAGCUGGCUGCACAACGCCUGUCAGCCUGAUCGCCAUGGAAACACCAUCCCAGGGACCAGGCCCCUCAGUCCCCUGCUGUUGGUCAGAUAAAAACACAGGGUGGAGGCAGUGCUAAUUAUGUCGACGUAUUUUUUUUCUGGAAAACUAAGUAGUGGUGUUUUCAUAGGCAGACUGGAGUUGGGUUACAGCCUUUUUGGAUAGACCAAGCAGAACAGUGGGUUAGUCACUUCAGACAGAGAGAAACAAUCAAUGCUGCGAGAAGAACCAUUAGCCUUUUUUUGAUUUUCAAUUGAAAAACCAAAGGUCUUAAAUCUCAGCUGAAUGGUUUUGACGGAGACACAGGAUGGGCUCUGACGUGCUGCUCUCUGCACCUUCACUCACAGUCCCCACUGAAUACUCUCACCUCCUGUUCAGAACAAUCUUUCAUCUCCCAGUCAGACAGAGUCACACACUUAGGCUUUUCUACACCACUGAUUUGAAAAAAUGACCGUUUUGCCUAGGAAAGCACUUUUCUUUGUAAGCUGAAGGAAAAGAAAAGCAAUAUGUUUUCUUGAGCCUCUUUGAAUGUUUCUGUACAUCACAAUAAAUUCCUUUCUUUCUAAACCAAAUGGUUGGAAGCCGUUAGAGAAACCAGCCUUUACAGUAAGUAAACGUUUAAACUAGUGCAGUUCACUGCUGAUCUGAUGUCUGAUGUGCCAGAAGGACGGUUUUAGGGAAAAGAGAUGAAAGUCUUGUUUCUGUUUUCGAUACUGGACUGCUUUGUUUUGUAUUUCCUAUGAAUAGCAAAGAGUGCUUCCAACACACUGUUAAACCUUAUGCCAAAAUAGACUGUCUCUUCCAUGCCCUUAACCUUAAACACUGAUCAUUUACUUCAAUAAAAUACA